CCAGUUCUCUCUCUAUAUAACAACCCCAUCAGUCCUCCACUCCAUCCCUCACGGAGAAUCUCUCUGUAAAUAAAAUAAAAAUCUACAUCUUCUCUCUUCGUUUCACUGCCCCAUCUCUUCGUAACAGUCGUGGAGGAUUAUAUAUACAUAUAUAAAUAAAGUUCGGUUGUUACAAAAUAAGAAGACAUGGGGUUCCUCCACAAGCUCUGGGACGAAACUCUGGCCGGACCCGCACCCGACGCCGGCCUCGGCAAACUACGCAAGUAUGAUUCAUUCCCCGCCGUCCGAUCCACUCCGAACAUCCCUCCCGACGAGAUUCCGGUCACUCGGAGCAUCACAAUCCUACGAACUAACUCCCUUUUACGCAACGUUUCCGGCGAAUCGAGCUCUGUUCCGUCUUCUCCGGCCGGUUCGAGCACCCCUAGUUCGCCUUUCUCGCCGACCACGCCUCGUGGGGAUUUCAAGAGAUUGACGAGGAGAAAAUCGUCACCGGAGGAAUUUGAAAAAGCGGACCCUAGAAGUCUGACUACUUACGAUUGGAUAGUGAUAAGCGCUUUGGAUCGUUGAGAGAGAAGUUACUGUUUUGUGUUGAGCAAUCGACCACGACAAGAUUCUGUACAUAGAGAACCUUCAUGGGUAUCUUAUAUACUAUAAUAAUAUAUAUAUAAAUAUGUAUAUAUAAUGUGACUGCGCAUGUAUAUAAUCUUAAUUUGGUCUAAUAUAUAGCUAUAAUAAGGCGUUCGGGUGAAGAGAAAAUCACUCAAGGAACCACUGCUUCUUGGAAGUUUUCGAGAGAUCGAGGAAGGAAGUUGGAGAGCUGACAUUUGCUGAGUCUUGUUUCCAGUUUAAUUAUCUCCAUGUUAAUGGAGUUGUGCCUUUUGGUUUUGAUUCCUUUUUUUUUUUUUUUUUUUUUUUUUUUGUGGGUUUAACAAUUCUUGUACAUAUAUGUGGGUGUUUGGUUUUGUUUUUGUAAAUAUGUGUGUGUAUUCUGAAUCCUCUUUCAAAUGAAAACUUGUUUGCAGCCU